AUGUGGCUCCCAUGCAUUCCGAACAUACCGCGCUCGGAGUACUUCUACGACAGCGUGAGCCAGGACUGCCUGCCCAAAGACAAGCUGCCCGUCGGCUGUCUGAGCUGGAACGAUGUGCCGGGCGCUAACGAUUGCUGGGACAACUGCCGGAAUAUGCGCAUUAACGGAAAGCCACUCAGCCCGUCCUGCUACCGACGCUUUGUGCUGCACAAUUGCUCAGAAGACACGUCGCUUAUAGCGGACACGUUCAUUUACAACGAGUCAUCUGGUGCCUGCAUUAAGCGAGAUGGGUCCCAAGGCUGCUAUACGUCUCCAUUUUACUUAAGGGAGAAGACCGACUGCGACUUUGUUUGUUCGAGCGUAUUAGAUCCGGUUUGCCCGCCGAUGAUGGAGUCCACAACCUGCCAUACUGACAACAAAGCCGUCCAAUAUUUCUACAAUACGUUGUCGGGACAAUGCGAGUAUCUAGGCAACUUGUGUCUCGCCGGCCCGAACCGCUUCGAGACGCUCACCACUUGUCUCGAGACUUGCCUGCAGCGCACAAGCUGACCAGCGGCACAUAUUAUGCCAACAUUUUGAGUCGAUUAUUUAAGGAAUAAAAAGGCAGAAUUAGCGUUCCCUUGAUUACACAAUUAAAGUGCGGUACCUGGAAGGCGUCUCCGACGGGUGUUUUGAGCGCGUCCUCAAAGGAGGUCACACAAUUUCCGCCUGAUGACGUCAUAGAAGCUUCACGCUUUCGCCGACCGUGAUCCUGGCGGCGUCCCAGCAACGCUAGUGUCUUGCUACAUCUGCCUUUGCAGCUCCACAGUGAACGGAAGCUUGGACUUCCAGGAUUUGGCACACAGUGACGAAGGCGACUUUUGAUUUCCCUCGUGCUUUUUGCCGGGACUUGUAGCAGCAACCGCCAGAGUCGCGACAUCCGACAGCAUGACACACGACUUUCUGUGAUGUCAUCUGUCGCCACUUCAAGACCAGUUUUUUUUAUUUUGUUACGAUACCAGACGGAGACGCACUCCAGGCAUCAGAACCACCAAAACACUGCUUACAGGCAUACCAAAUGUAGCCACUGCACAUCCGCAGGAACCGGGGG